CUCCGCGUACGCGUCAAUUAAAGACCUAAACCCCGUCACCGGUCAUACCCGGUGAUUUAUUUUUUCCACUUCCCAGUUCCCACCGCACUCCGUUGUAUUCUUUCUUCUUUCCUUUUGCCUUUCUCCCGUCUUUCCCGCUCCCAUUUCUGAAUCUACACAGCUUCAGCAACCCUUCGAAGCUCAAUUCCAUUUCCGGAAUUUUACUCCUCCUGGUCUCUCUAUCUGUAGCGUUUUGCUCCAUUUAAUCAGAGAAUGACACAAGUUGAGGAGUUAUGGGAACGCUUAGUUCGAGCUGCCUUAAGAAGAGAUAGAAUUGGCAUUGAUGCAUAUGGACGCCCUGAAAGUGGCAUUGCUGGAAAUGUACCAUCUUCACUUGCAAACAAUAGGGAUAUUGAUGAAAUCUUGAGAGCUGCAGAUGAAAUCCAAGAUGAAGAUCCCAAUGUUGCGAGAAUAUUAUGUGAGCAUGCAUAUUCACUUGCACAAAACCUGGAUCCGAAUAGUGAAGGAAGAGGUGUUUUGCAAUUCAAAACUGGUUUGAUGUCUGUCAUUAAGCAAAAGCUAGCCAAGAGGGAGGGUGGAACCAUAGAUAGAAGGCAGGAUGUUACUCGGUUACAAGAGUUCUACAGGCUAUACCGAGAAAAAAAUAAUGUAGAUAAGCUUCGGGAAGAUGAAAUGAAAUUGAGGGAAUCUGGUGCUUUCAGUGGUAACCUUGGAGAGUUGGAACGAAAAACAUUGAAGCGGAAAAAAGUAUUCGCAACCCUGAAAGUAUUAGCAAUGGUACUGGAGCAACUCAGUGAUGCAAUCCCUGAAGAGAUGAAAAGACUCAUGGAAUCGGAUGCUGCAAUGACAGAAGACUUAAUUGCUUAUAAUAUUAUUCCAUUAGAUGCUCCUUCUACGACAAAUGCUAUUGGGUCCAUGGCUGAGGUGCAAGCAGCAGUGUCAGCUUUAAAAUAUUUCAGUGGCCUUCCAAAGUUGCCUGCAGAAUUUUCUUUUCCGGAGACGAGGAGUCCUGAUAUAUUUGACUUUCUACACUUCAUUUUUGGAUUUCAGAAAGACAAUGUGUCCAACCAGCGUGAGCAUGUAGUGCACCUACUUGCCAACGAACAGUCUCGCCUUCGUAUUCCUGAAGAAAAUGAACCAAAAUUGGAUGAAGCUGCUGUGGAGGGUGUAUUUAAGAAGUCUCUGGAAAACUACGCUAAAUGGUGUGAAUAUUUAUGCAUUCAACCUGUUUGGAGCAGCUUGUCUGAUGUUAGCAAGGAAAAGAAGCUAUUGUUUAUUUCCUUAUACUUUCUUAUAUGGGGCGAAGCAGCCAACGUCAGAUUCCUUCCAGAAUGCUUAUGCUACAUAUUUCACCAUAUGGUCCGGGAAAUGGAUGAGAUGUUGAGGCAUGGGAUUGCGCAGCCAGCCAAGAGUUGCGAGUCUAAAGAUGGUGUUUCUUUCCUUGAUCAAGUUAUCUUUCCUCUUUAUGAGGUCAUGGCUGCGGAAGCUGAAAACAAUAACAAUGGGCGUGCACCACAUUCUUCAUGGAGAAACUAUGAUGAUUUUAACGAGUAUUUCUGGUCGCUUCGAUGCUUUGAACUCAGUUGGCCAUGGCAUAAAGGCAGAUCUUUUUUCCAAAGGCCAACACCAAAGUCAAAGAAUAUGCUUGGUAGAAGUCGUCAUCAAGGGAAAACUUCAUUUGUUGAGCACCGGACUUUUCUUCAUCUUUAUCAUAGUUUCCAUCGUUUAUGGAUAUUUUUGGUUAUGAUGUUCCAGGCUUUGACCAUAGUUGCAUUUAACAAUGGAAACUUUAAUAUGAAGACCCUGCUGGAAGUUCUGAGUCUUGGUCCCACGUUUGUCGUUAUGAAGUUUAUUGAGAGUGUUCUAGACAUCCUAAUGAUGUAUGGGGCAUACUCUACUUCAAGGCGCCUUGCUAUUUCUCGAAUUUUUCUUCGUUUCCUUUGGUUCAGUAUUGCUUCUGCUUCGAUAACGUUUCUUUAUGUGAAAGCUCUUCAGGAGGGUAGUAACCCAAAUGCAGAAAGGGUGAUGUUUAGACUAUAUGUAAUCGUGAUUGGAAUAUACGGUGGUGUGCAGCUUUUCCUCAGUAUUCUGAUGCGUAUACCUGCUUUCCAUCUUCUAACAAAUCAAUGUGAUCGGUGGCCUCUUGUUCGCUUUUUCAAGUGGAUGCGACAGGAACGGUACUAUGUUGGACGUGGGAUGUAUGAGAGGACCACUGAUUUUAUCAAGUACAUGCUCUUGUGGGUAAUCAUUCUGGGUGGAAAAUUCGCAUUUGCCUAUUUUCUUCAGAUCAAGCCUCUUGUUAAACCUACCAGGCUUAUUGUGAACAUGAAAGAUCUAAGAUAUUCGUGGCAUGACUUUGUGUCUAAGAAUAAUCAUAAUGCUUUGACGGUUCUUAGCUUAUGGGCUCCAGUGUUUGCUAUUUACAUCUUGGACCUUCAUGUGUUCUAUACCGUUGUAUCUGCUAUUUGGAGUUUCUUAAUUGGUGCAAGAGAUCGUCUUGGAGAGAUUAGAUCAUUAGAAUCGGUUCAUAAGCUGUUUGAGCAGUUUCCUGGAGCCUUUAUGAACACUUUACACGCUAUGCCCCGGGACAGGAUUUCAAAUCAGUCUUCAACUCCGGUUGUUGAAAAAGAUAAGUUUGAUGCUGCCCGAUUUUCUCCCUUCUGGAAUGAAAUCGUAGCAAGUUUAAGGGAAGAAGAUUAUAUUACAAACUUGGAAUCGGAAUUGCUUCAAAUGCCUAAAAACAAGGGUAAUCUUCCCCUGGUUCAGUGGCCCCUUUUUCUUCUUGCCAGCAAGAUAUUUCUAGCAAAGGAUAUUGCUGUUGAGAGACGGGAUUCACAAGACGAGUUGUGGGAGCGUAUUUCAAGAGAUGACUAUAUGAAAUAUGCAGUACAGGAAUGUUACCACGCAAUUAAGCUUAUCUUAACAGAAUUACUGGUUGGGGAAGGAAGGACGUGGGUUGAAAGGGUAUUUGAAGACAUUCAAGCUAGUAUAGCAAACAAUUCCAUUCAAAAUGACUUCCAGCUAAAUAAGCUACCACUUGUGAUUACAAGAGUAACUGCUCUGACGGGUAUUCUGAAAGAGACAGAAACUCCGGAGCUCGAAAUAGGUGCUGUUAAGGCUGUUCAAGAUUUGUAUGAUGUUGUGCACCAUGAUAUCCUUUUUGGUGACAAGAGGGGGCAUUAUGAAACAUGGAACAUAUUGGUAAAAGCUAGAAAUGAAGGUCGCCUGUUUACAAAGUUAAAUUGGCCCAAAGAUCCAGAAUUGAAAUCUCAAGUGAAAAGAUUACAUUCGCUGUUAACCAUAAAAGAUUCAGCUUCAAAUAUUCCAGUUAAUCUUGAGGCCAGACGUAGACUGCAAUUCUUUACAAAUUCACUUUUCAUGGCUAUGCCAAAGCCAAAACCUGUUCGUCAGAUGCUUUCUUUCAGUGUAUUUACUCCAUAUUAUUCUGAGACGGUGCUCUAUAGUAUGGGGGAACUCCUGAAGAAAAAUGAGGAUGGCAUAACAACUUUGUUUUACUUGCAAAAAAUUUAUCCAGAUGAAUGGAAGAACUUUCUUGCUCGAAUUGGCCGAGAUGAGAAUGAAGUUGACCCAGAAUCGUUUGAUAACCCUAAUGACAUCCUUGCACUACGAUUUUGGGCCUCUUAUCGAGGACAGACAUUAGCAAGAACUGUUCGUGGAAUGAUGUACUAUAGGAAAGCUCUUAUGCUGCAGACUUAUUUAGAAAAAGGAACAAGCGGAGGUCAGAACAAUCACCUUUCCUUUCUAGUUCAUCCUCCUGAAAUUCUAUCAUCUAACCAUAUGACGAAUUCAGAUUUGGAAGCUGCCAUUCCUUGUACUGAUGAUACUGAUACUCGGGGUUUCGAUUUAUCUCCUGAAGCACGUGCACAGGCAGAUCUUAAAUUUACGUAUGUUGUGACCUGUCAGAUAUAUGGAAGACAAAGAGAACAACAAAAACCUGAAGCUUCUGAUAUUGCAUUGCUUAUGCAAAGAAAUGAAGCUCUUCGUGUUGCCUACAUUGAAGAUAUUGAAACCCAAAAGGAUGGUAAGGUGCACAAAGAAUUUUACUCAAAGCUGGUGAAGGCUGAUAUCAAUGGAAAAGAUAAGGAGAUAUAUUCCAUCAAAUUGCCUGGAGAUCCAAAAUUGGGUGAAGGAAAGCCUGAGAAUCAAAAUCAUGCUGUUAUUUUUACUCGUGGAAAUGCUGUUCAGACAAUUGAUAUGAAUCAGGAUAAUUACUUUGAAGAAGCAUUGAAAAUGAGAAAUCUUCUUGAGGAAUUUGGUGAAGAUCAUGGUAUUCGUCCUCCUACCAUACUGGGUGUCAGGGAACAUGUAUUUACGGGCAGUGUUUCAUCUCUGGCCUCAUUCAUGUCAAAUCAAGAAGCUAGUUUUGUGACUCUUGGUCAGCGUGUUCUGGCAAAUCCCUUGAAAGUUCGUAUGCAUUAUGGCCAUCCAGAUGUUUUUGAUAGGGUUUUCCAUCUAACACGAGGUGGCUUCAGCAAGGCCUCCCGUGUUAUCAACAUUAGUGAAGAUAUCUAUGCAGGAUUUAAUACAACUUUGCGACAAGGAAACGUCACUCAUCAUGAGUAUAUUCAGGUCGGUAAAGGACGAGAUGUUGGUCUUAAUCAGAUUGCUCUUUUCGAAGGGAAGGUUGCUGGUGGUAAUGGAGAACAAGUUCUUAGCCGUGAUGUAUACAGACUUGGCCAACUGUUUGAUUUUUUCCGGAUGAUGUCAUUCUAUUUUACGACCGUUGGCUACUACUUUUGUACUAUGUUAACGGUGUUGACUGUGUACAUUUUUCUCUAUGGAAAAGCAUAUUUGGCACUGUCUGGAGUUGGCGAGGGCAUUGAAGAUAGAGCCAAUAUUACAGAUAAUACUGCAUUGUCAGCUGCUUUGAAUACACAGUUCCUUAUCCAAAUUGGUAUCUUCACUGCAGUGCCGAUGAUCUUGGGAUUUAUUUUGGAGCAAGGUUUCUUCAGGGCUGUUGUCAGCUUUAUAACCAUGCAGCUUCAGCUUUGUUCUGUCUACUUCACAUUCUCUCUUGGCACAAAAACUCACUAUUUUGGCCGAACAAUUCUUCAUGGUGGUGCAAAGUAUCAUGCAACUGGAAGGGGCUUUGUGGUUCGCCAUAUCAAAUUCUCAGAAAAUUACAGACUGUACUCUCGCAGCCAUUUUGUUAAAGGAUUGGAAGUUGUGCUCCUGUUGGUUGUAUACAUGGCCUACGGAUAUAGUUCAGGUGGUUCGUUAGCAUACAUCCUUGUCACUCUUAGCAGUUGGUUCAUGGCAAUAUCGUGGCUUUUUGCUCCCUAUUUGUUCAAUCCAUCGGGGUUUGAAUGGCAGAAGACCGUGGAGGACUUCAGAGAAUGGACCAAUUGGCUUUUUUACCGUGGUGGAAUUGGUGUUAAGGGUGAAGAAAGCUGGGAAGCAUGGUGGGACUCAGAACUGGCACAUAUAAAAACUCUUGAAGGGCGGAUAGCGGAGACUAUUCUGAAUCUAAGAUUUUUUAUUUUUCAAUAUGGCAUUGUUUACAAGCUCAAUGUGCAAGGAUCAAACACAUCAUUGUCGGUAUAUGGGUUCUCCUGGAUUGUGUUAGCUGGGCUUAUAGUUCUUUUCAAGGUUUUUACCUUUAGCCAGAAGAUGACUGUCAAUUUCCAGCUUUUGUUGCGUUUUAUCCAAGGUCUAUCUUUCCUUUUGACGCUGGCUGGCCUGGCCGUUGCGGUCGCUAUUACAGACUUGACACUCCCUGAUGUAUUUGCUUGCAUCUUGGCAUUUGUACCUACAGGAUGGGGCAUUCUUUCUAUUGCAGCAGCUUGGAAACCUCUGAUAAAGAGACUGGGACUCUGGAAAUCCAUCCGCUCAAUUGCUCGUCUGUAUGAUGCCGGGAUGGGGAUGCUUGUCUUUAUCCCCAUUGCAUUUCUUUCGUGGUUUCCAUUUGUAUCGACAUUCCAAACUCGUCUUAUGUUCAACCAGGCUUUCAGUCGAGGGCUCGAGAUCUCACUAAUUCUUGCUGGAAACAAUCCCAACACUGCCCUAUGAUGAGACGAGAUGUGAGGCUGUGCCAUUUGUGCACUUCGUCUUCGUCUGCUUUUCGGCUGUUUGAACAUUAUUCACGACUUAUUAGCAGCAGUGUAGUUAAUUAACAGAGAUAAUCUUUAUAGCCUCUUAAUUUUAUUUGUUUUUCACUAAGCAUUUUUUUUGUCUGGUUUGGAUUAUUGAUUUUAUGUGUAUUAAUGUCGAUUAAGUUGCCGUUCAUACGAACAUUUCUGUAGCAUGUAGGAGGUACUGUGUUGUAACGUUCAUUUUGAAUAUGAAUGUUUCAUAUGAGCAAUGAAAUGGAGGGUUUAGCAGAACACGAUUGUAAACUGCAGCUUCCAUUCCUGUCUUCAAA